CCCAGCCCGAAUCGUUCAGCCGACCCCGACGCCUCACGAUCGUCGGGAACCGAAGCGGCGGCGGCGGCGGCGGCGAAGAGGAGGAGGAGAGAUGCUCAAGUUCCUGUCCAAGGUGGUGGUGGAGUACUGCCCGCUGGACCCGCGCAAGGCGGCGGUGGUGGAGCUCCUCGCGCAGUGCAACGGCCGCAAGGCCAAGGACUCCAACCCGGCCUGCUCCGUCGAGCUGCGGCGCCUGCCGUCGCCGCCGGACGCCGGGGACGCCAAGUCCCACCCGCCCCCGCGCGUCCUCGUCACCUACUUCAACGGCGUCGAGGAGUCAUUCGUCGCCGCCGAGGGCGCGACCGCGCAGGGCAUCCGCGACCAGAUCCUCGACCGCGGACGCCUCCUCGACACCGAGCAGCUCUUCCGCGACGGCGGGGAGAAGUGGCCCGUCGUCAUCCCCGAGGAAGAGCUCACCAUGUCGUUCCCGGGCAUCAAGCCAAAGAAAGCCGAGGAGAAGCCCCAGGCCUAGUGAUCCAGGCGUAGAUAGCAUCCUCAACCAGCUGAAUAUUUGUACUUCCACAGACAUUUCACCACAUUUUGUGGGAUGGUUUCCAGCUUCGAACUAGAAAUGGGUGCUCUGGCUUUCAUUGACUAUGUUUGUUCAGGACAUUCCUUCCCCUUUAUUUUUCCUGAACUCUUUUCAGGAGAUGUUAAAAGAACUUCCUGAAAUGCGGUGCUCUGUAGUCAUAUAAUUUCGCUGUAGGAUUGUAGCCCUUUCUCACUGCAGUCUGUUGUGAACGAAUUUAUUCUGAAUAAGCACACUUAUGACAACAGGUGUGUGUGUGUGUGUUUUUUUAGUCAAA